UUUUCAAAAUGGCGUCCUCCAUGAAUCAAAAGUGAGUUGUAAUUAACCUUAUGUCGCACAAAUUUCGCACAAUAAUAUCUUAGUUUCGCUGAUAAAAGAAUAACUUAAAGAUGAGUAGAAGAAACUAUCGUAGAAAGAGAGUUUCAGAGGAAGAAGACUAUGAUGAACCCGACACAACGACAGAAUUACUCGAAGAACGAAAAGAGCUGCAAAAGUUUCGUAAACGUCCCAAAGGCGUCUCUGCCAUAGGACUAGCGUUAGGUAAAGAGCUACCUCCAGAGGAAAGCGUCGUUAGUGAUCCCUUCAAGCUAAAGACAGGUGGUCUUGUGCAAAUGAAUGAUUUUAUCCAAGAUCGUGAUCGAGAUAGGGACGAUGAAGGAACAGGCAUGUCGGUUGUUAUUGGUGCUAACUUUGCUGCAGAGACAAAUAGAAGAGAUGAGGAUACGUUGAUGUUGAAGUACAUUGAAGAAGAGAUAGCUAGAAAGAAGGGUGCAAGUAAUAACAGCGAGGGAGGAGAACGCUCGGAAAAAUCAAAAUCAAAAGAAGAUUUACUCUAUACUGUACCAAAGAACAUCGAUGUCCGCUCAAAACUCAUGAAAUCAGAGGAGAUGCUGUCAAACCAGAUGUUAUCAGGGAUCCCAGAGGUUGACCUUGGUAUAUCUGCCAAGAUAAGAAAUAUAGAGGCAACCGAGGAAGCGAAGAUGAAACUACUUGAAGAGCAAAGGUCAAAAAAGAGGAGAGAACCUACAGAAAUGGUGCCAACAAAUAUGGCUUCCAACUUCAUGCUCCAUAGCAGAUUUUUUGAUGAGCAAAGAUCAGUAGAAGCAGAAAGUAAAAAAGCAGCAAGAAUCAAAGCAAAAGAAGAAGAGGAAAAGAAUAAACCAAAAGGUCCAACUGUGCCAGCCGUAGAUUCUACCUUGAUCACAGGGAAUGAUGCAGACCCUGGUGCUGUCGCAGUCAGUGUUCCGACCGAUGGUAAAAAGAAAGACACUAAAAAAGAGAGAUCAUCAGAUGACUUUUAUUAUGAAAAGUUUAGAAAAAGAGCUCGAGAUAACUGGAGAUACCAGUAGUAACUUAUUGUCUUCCUCCUAAUGGUGAUCAUAUUGUAAAUAGAUUUUUCCAACACGGCUAAAAAUGAUGAGCAGUCCAAGAAUAAUUAGGCCAAGUUAGGCCAUUUGCAAUGAACAGUCACAUGCUGAUAUAUCACCUUUUUACGGCCAUUUGCAUUGCUACGCUGCCACCCCAGACAAAAAUUGUGACGUGCACUUUGUAAUAGACUGCCGUCAAUGAAACACGUUGACAUCAUUUACAGGCGUGUGUGAUUCAAAAGGCGCCAAAACUUGUUGAUUGUUUACAAGUUUUAUGAGCCACACUCACUGGGCUUAUAUCUGGGCCAAUCCAAAUGCUUGUAAAUGAUGUCAAUAUGUUUGAUUGACGGCAGUCUAUUGCAAGGUGCACCUCGCAAUUUUUGUCUGGGGUGGCCGCAUAGCAAUGCAAAUGGCAGUAAUGAAUCAAUUCAGCCAAAGAUCGUUUGGAGAAGACUGGAUGGAAAUUUUUUUUUUUUUUAACUUUUGGAUAUGACAUUAGUAAUCCAGCAAAAGYUAUCUAUAAAGGAAGUCCAAUUUUUUUUUGUCAUCCAGUGAGUCAUGUGAUUAUUUCCUGCAAAUGGCCAAGUCUUAGGUUGCUAUUGGUUUUUUUGACUGGUCCCCCCCUUCCAACCCUGUUUUGAGGUGACCCUUUUUUUCUUUUUCCUAGACAAGAUAAAAAUAAAAUUCUCGUAAAAAGU